AUGAAUACAUAUAGCUCUGUUAAGUAAAAUUUAUAUAUAUUGAAGAUCUAUUGAGUCUCAAAUUUUAGGAAGAAGAAUACAAGAACCAAAUGUAGCUGUUAUGUUUUGCAAACAUUAACCAAAUCAAAAGCAUCAUUCUCCAGAAUCCUUUUUAGAUUAAUUUGUUAAUUUGAAAUUAGUUGAACCUUAAAAAAUAUUAUAAAAGCAGAAACCUCCUUAGGGUUAAUAGGGCAAAGGAAUAGCUAACACUGUUUAACUUUUAAAACCCGCCUAAUGUUCAAUCUCAGUAAAAAAAUAAACAAAGCGAACAAUAUCCCCAAAAAAAAAGAAAGCAUAAACAGUUGAUUGUGUUCAAAUGAGCAAGCCUAAAUCAUAAUAACAGAGAAGGGAAUAAAUGGGAUUGGGAGAAUUAAACGAUAAAUAAAUUAAGCAACGAUCGAGUAAUUUCAAAUUUAAUUUUAGAAAAAAUAAAAUAAAAAGAGAAGACAACAGAACAACCCCUCAAGAAGAAACCUUAUGAACCUAAUACUAAGCUAUAAUCUUACAUAAUAUAAAAGAAAACCUUAAUUUACAAUAAUUACAUGUAAUAGUAAUUGAUGGUUGAAAUGGAAAAAUAAAGAAAGUAACGAAAUGCAAUUAACAAGAUUGGAGAACUUAGCCUAGUUAAAUUAAUCCGUUAAAGAUAUAUUUAAAAAGUGCAAGACUUAAGAGAACACUAAUUUGCAACCAUCUAAAGCGAUUGUAAAGAGAAGGAAGGUCGAAGCCUAAAAAGAGAAUGCCUAGUAGAAUAAUAGACAAAUCAAAAAUUAAAAUAAAACUAAGUAGUUGCAAUAAAAAUUUGAUGACAUUUCUCAUAGAUAUCAAUAAAUCCAAGAUGUUAGAUAUAAUGACCUAAAUAAUGUAGAGCAAUGCAUUUUUGAGAUGGAUGAAGAAGAUGAUUAAUACUCUGCUGUUAGUGAUAAUUAAAUGGUUCAAUUAGCACUUCAAGAACUUAAAAAAAUAAAACCUACUGAAUAUCUGAUUAAUAAGGUUAAAUACAUAAUCGAAAAUUAGAACAACAUUGACUUAGAUUUUAUAACAGAAUAGGAUUAUUAAGUAAUUCAGUAUCAUCUUAUGAAUCAAGCUGCCACUAAAUUAUAAAGCGUAUGGAGAGGGGUAUAUGUUCGAAAAUAAAUACUUUAUGAAUUAUAGAAUAUGAUGGAAGAAGAGUAUGACAAUAUAUCACAUGAAGAUCUUUCAAAGACAUAUUAAAGAAAACAGUUUUAAUAAGAAUUUAUUGGAAACAUAUCUAAUUCAAACUCUAAGGGAGUAUAAGAUUCAAAUGUCUCUGCCUCAAAUAAAAUAGAAAAUCGUUCUUUAUAAGAUUUGAAUUUUAAUCAAGAUUAAUUGGCUCAUAAGUAUGGAUAAAUCAAAUAACACUUUUAUUCUGAAGAGGAUCAAGCAAUGGAUAUUAAAUUAUCAGAUUAAAUCUCUGAAUUAAUAAUGAUCUAAUAACCUAACAGUCCUAUUGAAUAGACUGAAGACUUUUCAAUUUAGUUUGGGUAAAUUGGGAAGAGAAAUUGUUUGGAGUAGAUUGAUUCCUUUGUUAGAAAUGAAGAUGAAAAAACAAAUUCAUUAUCCUAAUCCGUAGUUUAAUAAAUUUAAUAAGAAUUGGAUUCAUGGAAUUGUUAAAUAGAUACUCUAUUUUAAUAAAGUAAUGAUGGAGAUACGAUAUCAAAAGUCAAAUAAUAGAUCUCUUAAACAGUAAUCAAAAUUGUUAAUUCACAUUUGAAAAAGUCUAGGGAAGUUAAAUAAUUAAAUGAAAGUGCAAAUGAUGAGAAAAUUAGAAAUCAAUAUGAAGCCAAUAAUGAAAAGCAUUUUAAUGAUACCAUUAAGAGGUUAAAGAAAUCUAGAGAAUUUGGUGCUGAACAAUAACUAUACUCGUCAAGGGAAACUGAGUAAAAUAUUAAUAAUUUCAGUUUGGAAUCCCAAUUAAAAUUGAAAGAAAGUGAACUUUUAAAUAUGAGAGAACAAGCAAUAAACUUAAGAUAUUUUAGUGAAUUGAAGAAAGUUAAGCAAGAUAGCAAUAAAAAAUAAGAAUUAGACUUAUGGCUUGAAAAAGAAAAAGAAGAUUUAAGAAGUACUAAAUAAGCAAUUGAAAUAAGUAGAAUUAGAGAAGCUUAAACAAUUUAGAAAAUCUAAAGGGAUCUACAGAUAGCAUCGAAAAUUGAUGAAAACAAUCCAAAGAUCUAAAACUUUAAAAAGUUUGUUGAUGAACAACUUCUAGAAACGAGUUCUUUUGUAAAUGAAUCUAAAAUUAUUGAUAAUUAGACUACAAAAUAGGAAAAUGAGUAUUAGGAACAAAUUGAUCUGAAUAUUAAAAAUGAAAAUGCAAAUAAUGACAAUUCAAAUGAAACCUUUCACCACAUUAACUAUAUUACCAAUAGUAUUUUAGAUUAAGUAGUUAAUAAUUUAAGUUAAGGUAUUUUUAUGUAUAAAUUAUUUAGAACUUUUCAGUAACAAAACUGAAUUCAAAUUGGUUAUGUCACUUCUGACAAAUGAAUACUCCAAUGGUGAAUCUAAAACUUCAACAUAAUAUAUUCAAGAAUAUAUCAAAAGUCUUUUUGAUUUUAUUUUGUUAAAUAAUAGUGAAGAUUUGAUUAGGAAUCUUAAUAUUCCUUAUGGAUUUAGACCAUUAAGAAGAAUACAAUUAAUGCAUGGAUAUGAUGUCGAUGAUGAGAUACAAAAUUCGGAUUAAAGAAGUACUCAAAUUGCUUUUCCUAUUGAUCAAUCUGUGUUUGCUAAGUUUGAAUAAUAAAGAUUUGAAAUGAAUUGUAAUAGGAAUGGUUAUCAAAAGGACAAUGAAUAUUACUUUGAGAAUGUUCAUAAUAAAGCCAUAUUCGAUGCAUGUAAUGAAGCAUUAAAUUACUAGAGAUAAUAUUAUUUAAGUAAAUAAAUAAAAGAUGUAUUAAUAGACUAAGGAUAGCCCUACCCUUGGGAAUAAUUAGAAUAUCAAGCAAUUAUUCAAAAAGACAAGUUAUCUACUAUAUUGAGAAAUAUGGAAGAUAAAGUUCUCAAUUGGUCCAAAACCUUGGGAGGAUUUUUACCAAUCGAAAACACAUAUCAUAUACCUGUAGAGAAGUAGGAAGUAUUGGAGGAGAAGAACUCAUAGUUAACAAUUAGUCAAUUGCAUCGAUUUGAAAAGAAGCCAUUCUUAGAUUCUUAAUUAUAGGAAUAAAUGCAAGAAAAUAUAACAAGCAUCAGGGAUGAAAGAAUCUAUAAGUUAUUAAUUUAAGAUGUAAAUUGUAGUAUAAAUUUGAUAGAUAAAAGAAAAUGAAUUUAGAUGGUAUCUUGCAGAAGAUGAUAGAGCAGAGUUUCUAAUGGAAUUUAGUGAUGUAAUUUUCGAGUAAUUAGUAGAGGAAAUAGUCUCGGAAUAACUCUUAUAAUGA